GUUUUGGUCUUUCUCUCUCCCCAUACCGGCAAUCCCUCUUGUAAAAAGUGCGCAAUGGGCCGUGUCAUCAGAGCGCAGCGUAAGGGUGCUGGUGGUAUUUUCAAGUCCCACACCAAGCACAGGAAGGGCGCCGCCAAGCACCGUACCCAGGACUUUGCCGAAAGGCAUGGUUACAUUCGUGGUCUCGUAAAGGAGAUCAUCCACGACCCUGGACGUGGUGCUCCUCUUGCCAAGGUUAUCUUCCGUGACCCUUACCGCUACAAGCAAAGGGAGGAGACCUUCAUUGCCACCGAGGGCAUGUUUACGGGCCAGUUCAUCUACUGUGGAAAGAAGGCCGCCCUUACUGUCGGCAACGUCCUUCCCCUCGGUUCCAUGCCCGAAGGUACCGUUAUCUGUAACCUCGAGGAGAAGGCUGGUGACCGUGGAGCGAUCGCUCGUUGCGCUGGUAACUACGCUACCGUUAUCGGUCACAACCCCGAUGAUGGAAAGACCCGUGUGAAGCUCCCCUCUGGAGCCAAGAAGGUUCUCGACAGUGGCUGCCGUGCUGCUGUCGGUAUCAUCGCUGCUGGUGGUAUUGUUGACAAGCCCCUUCUCAAGGCUGGUCGUGCGCACUUCAAGUACCGGGCCAAGCGCAACGCAUGGCCUCGUACUCGUGGUGUUGCUAUGAACCCCGUGGAUCACCCCCACGGUGGUGGUAACCACCAGCACAUCGGUCACGCAUCUACCGUCUCUCGCCACGCCCCCCCUGGUCAAAAGGUCGGUCUCAUUGCUGCCCGUCGUACUGGUCUUCUCCGAGGUACCAAGGCCGACAAGGCGAAAUAAGCUACUGUUUGAGAUGGGUUGUGUUCAUUGGCAUAGUGGGGAUGUACGGCUUCUGGGUGUAGGAGGGAUGGUACCCCUUUCUUCAAAUGUAAUAUUAUCUCGGUCCUUUCGUAACACUGUAGAAUUGCCAUUGCGUCCCCCA